AUGCCGUCUGGAAGCUCAAGCUCGCGCCGCUUGCGCCCUACACUGCGUCAGGCGACCUUCGUCCUCCCAAAGACAGGCCAGCGCCUCAAAGGCCUCGUGAACCUCCGCAAUUCUACGCCAACCGACGAACACGAUGAACGGCGCGGACUCCUCACGAACGAGAUCCAGACACAUUAUGAUGGAUAUAUCCCAAGGCUCUCCCGCUAUAUGCACGACACGUGGGAACAGGCGAGCCAGUUUGCGAGAUCCGAGCCGGGGAUUGGAGUGUUGAAGUACAGUCUCGCGUAUUUCAUCGGAUCUCUUGCAACGUUCAUCCCCGCAGUCUCGGCGAUGCUUGGACACCAGGAUGGGAAACACAUGGUGGCUACAGUCACCGUCUACUUUCACCCUGCCAGGUCCCAAGGUGGGAUGUUCAAGGCCUUGAUCUGCGCGUUCCUGGCGUUCUGCUAUUCCUCUUUCUUGACCAUCACGAGUAUGUUUGUGGAGAUGUUCUUCCAGGAUACACUGAAGCAGCCUGUUCUUGGCCACGCAGUGGUUUUGAUUGUUUUCUGUGGCGGUGGACUUGGUUUUGUUGGUUGGACCAAGCAAAGACUCGGAGAUCCUUUGGUGAACGUUGCCUGUUCACUUACUGCGCUUUCGACGAUUACUGUCCUGACGAAAGAGGGCGCCGUGCAGAGCGGCGAUUUAUCACUUGCUAAGAUUUUCCAGGUCUUGAAGAUGGUUCUGAUGGGUGUGGUAGCUGUCAUGGCUGUGUCUUAUUUCAUCUUUCCCAUUUCGGCGCGAAGAAAGCUGCGCGCGAAUCUUGUCACGGUCACUGAUACAUUGGCUAUCAUGCUGGCAAUUAUUACGGAAAGCUUCUUGAGCGGAUCAGAGGAAGAGCUUGCAUCGGCUGAAUUUGUCGAUGCAGAAGCCAGACAUCGAAAGGCCUAUGGACAGCUUGAUAAGCUUGUUCGAGAAGCUAAACUUGAACAUUAUGUGUUUGGAACCGAAAAGGAGUAUAGGCUUGAGAAAAAGCUUGUCCGCUGGGUGCAAGAUAUCACACACAACAUGGGAGGGUUGCGCAAUGCAGCGUCCCUCCAGUUCAGUUUGAUCCGCGAGACUAUCGCCCGUGAGUCUAGCUCAGCGGGUGAUUACCAGGGUGCCUCAACUCAUGCCGACUACUUUACACCCAUUGAGCAAUCGUGGUCAUUCCCUGACGGGUCAUUUUUGGAGCCUAUCGUCGAGCGACCAGAGGAGGAACUGUCUCCUAGUAGCUCCAUGCGUACCCGUCAAAAUGAAAGCGCCCAAUCGACACCCAGACCAUCACUGCUUCCAGCAGAUGUUUUUACUAUUUUCAUCUCGCACUUGGGGCCAUCGAUGCGAUCGUUGGCAUUCACAUUGAAAGAAAUAUUCAAGGAAAUCCCAUUUGGACCUGCUCCAAACUACAAGGUCUCAGUGAAUGGUCGUCUGCGGAUCAGUCUUGACCGGGCUUUGGAACUAUAUAAAGACUCGCGCCAAAAGACACUUGCAUCUCUAUACCAACAAAAGGAAACUAUGAAUAUGAAGAGCCACGAAGCCGAGGCUGACCUUGAGGAAGUCUCAGCAAGUUGUGGCCACUUCAGUUUUUCCCUUCUUGAAUUCGGAGAACAGCUCCAAGAGAUGCUGGCUAUCUUGGAUGAGUUGCAGCUCGAAGUUGAGGAGCGGCCUCACGGACGAUCCUGGUCUUGGCUUAAAAUCUGGCAGUGGCCAAAAAGCACAAAGACCGCCAAAAUAGGUGAUUUUGAUGCCGAGCCAACUCCCAGUGCACAUACCAAUAAUCAGAUCAACCACCGUCGCCAUGCAUCGGACGGAUUGAUUGCACACAACAGAGUGCCUGUUAACAUUCGUGCCCACAAAGCACCCUCAUCAAGAGAUACGACGAAACAAAGACUAGGCUACCGUAUAUGGAAAGGCCUUGGCUUUUUACGAAGAGAUGACACAAAAUACGCCAUCAAGGUCGGAGCAGGAGCUGCUCUUUACGCCCUGCCUGCGUUUCUUCCUUCGACUCGCCCUUUCUAUACACACUGGCGCGGGGAGUGGGGUCUGUUGUCGUACAUGUUAGUGUGCUCGAUGACAAUCGGCGCUUCGAAUACGACGGGAUAUUCCCGUUUCCUCGGUACUUGCCUGGGAGCAGUCUGCGCCAUUGUAGCAUGGGAGGUCACGUCAGGAAAUGUAUUUGGCCUUGCGUUCCUGGGAUGGCUUAUGGCUAUCUGGACCGGAUACAUUACCAUUGUUCGAGGUAAUGGUCCGAUGGGCCGGUUCAUCAUGCUCACAUACAACCUCUCUGUGCUAUACGGCUACUCUCUUGCCCAAAAGGAGGCAAACAACGACGAAGACGAAGGCGGCGUGAAUCCAAUCAUGAGUGAAAUUGCCCUUCAUCGAGUCGUUGCUGUGCUGUCCGGAUGUAUUUGGGGAAUCGUCAUCACACGCAUGAUCUGGCCCAUCAGCGCAAGGCGCAGACUGAAGGAAAGCCUGAGUCUUCUCUGGCUGCACCUGGGUCUCGUCUGGAAGCGGGACCCCCUAUCGAUCAUGGCUGAAGAGGGGAAGAAUGUUGUGUACAUGACUCCGCGAGAGAAGCUUGAAAUCGAGAGAUUCUUGGCACGAUUGGAGUCUCUUCAAGAUGCAGCGGGUUUCGAGUUUGAGCUGAAGAGUGCAUUCCCUGAAGCCUCCUAUGCCAACAUUGUCCGCCGCACCCGCAUCAUGGUAAACUCAUUCCAUACCAUGAACAUCGAGCUGAUGAAGAAUGAUCCUGCUACUGAAGGCGAGAUCAAUCUCCUUCGAUACACAGCAGUAGAGCGACAGCAACUCUCUGCUCGCAUUAGUCAUCUAUUAUCAGUCAUGGCUUCAUCAAUGAAGCUUGAAUAUCCCUUGAGCGAUGUGCUUCCUAGCAUUGAACAUGCCCGUGACCGGUUGCUAGCUCGCAUCUAUCGCUAUCGUCUGGACUGUGAAGCAUCACAGCAGACCACAGAUGAAGACUGCGCUUUGCUCUAUGCCUACAUCCUCGUGACCGGCCAAUUAUCAAACGAGAUCAUGGAGAUCAUUGCGGAGAUUGGACAGCUCUUUGGUGUAUUGAGUGAAGAUGUAGUGCAGCUAGCUUGA